AUGUUGUUCCUCAAUAAUACCAAUGAUCAGCCUCUGACGUUCCUCCUGACGGGUAUUCCAGGCCUGACAGCAGCCCAGGUGUGGAUCUCCAUUCCUAUUUGUCUCCUGUAUGUCACUGCCCUGUCUGGGAACAGCAUGAUCCUGUUUGUGGUCAUCCGUGAGCAGAGCCUCCAUGAGCCCAUGUAUUAUUUCCUUUCUAUGUUGUCCGCCACAGACCUGAGCUUGUCCUUGUGCACACUUUCCACCACUCUUGGUGUGUUCUGGUUUGAAGCUCGAGAGAUCAACUUAAAUGCCUGCAUUGCCCAGAUGUUUUUUCUCCAUGCAUUUACUUUCAUGGAGUCUGGGGUUCUGCUGGCCAUGGCCUUUGAUCGUUUUGUGGCCAUCUGUGACCCGCUGAGAUACACCACCAUCCUCACCAAUGCCAGGAUUGCCCAGAUUGGGGUGAGCAUGUUGAUAAGGAAUGUUGCUGUCAUGUUGCCAGUUGUGCUCUUUGUCAAGAGGCUAUCCUUCUGCAGUUCUUUGGUCCUUUCACAUUCUUACUGCUACCAUGUUGAUCUCAUUCAACUCUCAUGCACAGACAACAGAAUCAACAGCAUCCUUGGUCUGUUUGCACUCUUCUCCACAACAGGAUUUGACUGUCCUUGCAUCUUGCUCUCCUAUGUCCUGAUCAUCCAAUCUGUCCUCAACAUUGCUUCUUCAGAGGGACGGCAGAAAGCCUUCAAUACCUGCAUAUCCCACAUCAUUGCUGUUGCCAUCUUCUACAUUCCUCUCAUCAGCUUGUCUCUUGUCCAUCGCUAUGGACAUUCAGCACCUCCAUUUGUCCACACCAUCAUGGCCAAUGUCUUCCUGCUCAUCCCUCCUGUGCUCAACCCUAUCAUCUACAGUGUGAAGACUAAGCAGAUUCGAAAGGUUAUUGUCAAGGUCUUAAUUCAGAAGCAGCUCCAGAUCUAA